AUGAUUUCAACAUUAAUCGCUACCUAUCUAUUUAAUAUUUGAAUUGUUACCAAUCAAUGAAUAAUUUCUCGCUUUGUCAAUCCACUGACGAAAUAUUCUCGUUUGUGAUUAAUCGCAUAAGUAUGUGUGCAAACGCGGAGACCAGUAGAUGGGACACAAUUACAGCGAAACCACGUGCUAACCUAUUGUUCUACUUAAGAGUUAAAGAUCAUUUGUUAAUAGAAAAAUAACAAUGACGUUCGAGUUCAAUGAAAAAGGAAAUGAGCAUUUAAAUAACAUGAAAGACGGUUUUAUUGAUUUCGUUGCUGGAUCAGUUGGCGGGAUGGCACUUGUAUACGUUGGGCAACCAUUAGAUACUGUUAAGGUAAAGAUGCAAACAUUUCCUACCAUGUACAAAGGAAUGGUAAAUUGCUUUUUGAAAACGUUAAAAACGGAUGGAAUAAUACGUGGUUUGUACGCAGGAACUAUGCCUGCAGUGGUUGCUAAUGUUGCAGAAAAUUCAGUUCUAUUUGCAGCAUACGGGGGAUGUCAAAAAGUUAUUUCUAACAUAUUAGGUGUCAAAAAGGUAGAGGAUCUAACUUCCAUUCAAAAUGCUUGUGCUGGAUUUUUUGCUGCGUUCUUUUCUUCCUUAACACUGUGCCCAACAGAGUUAAUAAAAUGUAAAUUACAAGCAAUGAGAGAAGUCCAAAGUGAAAUGACACAGGCAGUAACUUCAGUUAGGAAGCAAAUUGGUCCUUGGAAACUGACAAACCAAAUUCUAAAGGAGCAAGGAAUAAAAGGUCUAUUUAAUGGUUUAUCUUCAACCAUAGCACGCGAGAUGCCCGGGUAUUUCUUUUUUUUUGGGGGUUAUGAGAUUACAAGAGAACUUCUCGCACAACCGAAUCAACAUCGAGACGAUAUCGGCUGGCAGAAAACUAUGAUAGCUGGUGCUGUCGGUGGUACCAUAUUAUGGCUGGUUAUAUUUCCAGCGGACGUAGUUAAAAGUAGAAUACAGGUAAAAAAUUUAAAAACGCCAGCACUAGUAGUCCUGAAAGAUAUUGUGAGGAACGAAGGUGUUGGCUCCUUAUACAAUGGCUUGAAACCGACACUUAUAAGAACAAUACCAGCGACGGCUACAUUAUUUGUAACAUACGAAUAUACCAAAAAAUGUAUGCACAGCUUGCUGGACUAG